CAACCAAACCUGUUUUUGCUAGGCUGGCGCCCCGGCUGCCGCUCCGCAGAGACAGCAGGCAGAGAGGGAUUCAAGAUGCCAAGCUGUGACCGUGCCUGUGGUUGUAGCCAGGGUCCCAAUGUGGAAGAUGGCAAGUGGUAUGGGGUCCGCUCCUAUCUGCACCUCUUCUAUGAGGACUGUGCAGGUAAUGCCCUCAAUGAUGAGCCUGAAGGGCCUCCUGCGGUAUGCCCCCCCCACCCCUGGCCCUCUCUGUGCUGGAAGAUCACCCUAUCCACAGGAACCCUCUUUCUGCUGCUGGGUUUGGCAGCCUUGACCACUGGUUAUGCUGUGCCCCCCAAGAUGGAAGGCAUUGGAGAGGGUGAGUUCCUGGUGCUGGAUCAACAGGCAGCUGACUACAACCAGGCCUUGAUGGCCUGCCGCCUGGCAGGCACAGCUCUUUGUGGAGCCGCUGGGAUCCUGCUAGCCAUCUGCCUAAUCUGGGCCACAACUGGCUGGCUGAGCCCAGACAUCAAGCCAGAACCUUUGGACAUUGAUGCUGAUGGUCAUAUGGAUGACUUUGGGGAUGAUCUGAACCGGCAACUGUGUCCCAUUUUCCCAGAUGUCAGUGCUCAUUCUUGGUUCUCACCACCCCCUAGCCCCUUUGGGCAAUCCUCUGUGCAGACCAUACAGCCCAAACGGGGCUCUUGAGUUGCCCGCAUGAUUAGAGAAAGAGUCAGACCUGGGGCCUGGGCCCUUCCUCCACCCUUCACAGCCCAAUCUCCCAUUGUACGUUAACCUUUCCCUUUUAACAGGGUCCUUUCCACCUAAGCCUCUAAAGGCCCAACUCCAGGUCAGAAGGAAAUCUAGAGUUUAAAUUCCUAUGCCUCUUCUCCUAGAGUAGACCCCGGUUCAUCUAAGAUGCCAACCUUCCCCAAGUUCUUCCCCAAACUUCUUACCUAGCCCUCCUUCUUAAGCUCUUUGAGGGCAGGAAAUAGGUCUUUCAGCUUUCCCCUACUAGCUUUCUAUGUGACUUUGGGUAAGCUCUUUUCACUUUCAGAGCAUUCAUUCCUGCUUCUGUGCUAUAGCAGCUUGGACCAGAUGCUAGAGUCCCAUGACUUUCCUAGUAUGCCCAGGAUAUAAACAUUGCCCUCCAUAUACACAUAUGAACAAGGUAGCAGGGUCAGAUUCAAUCAGUGAAACCCCUGUUUCUGUCAGGCACACCUGGUUGUUUCAGGAAGGGUCAAAGGUGUUCACUGGAAAUUCUUCACUAAGAUGGUACAAAAGUAUUACUCCAACCCCCUCCCCACUCCUCCCCUGGCCCCAUAUAUUUUAUUUCUUUUUUUUUUAAUUGUCUUUAUUUAUUUAUUGGAUAAAGACAGCCAGAAAUGGAGAGGGAAGGGGGCGAGAGAGACACCUGCAACACUGCUUCACCACUUGCAAAGAUUAAUCCCCUUGCAGGUGGGGAUCAGGGGCUCAAACCUGGGUCCUUGAGCAUUGUAACAUGUGUGCUCAACCAGCUGUACCACCACCUGCCCGCCCCAUAUGUUUUCUUUUUCUUUUUUAUUUAUUUAAAAAAAAUUUUUUUAACCAGAGCACCGGUCAGCUCUAGUUUAUAGUGGUGCAAGGGAUUGAACCUGGGACUUCAGAGCCUCAGGCAUGACAGUUUGUUUGCAUAAUCAUUAUGCUAUCUACCCCUCUCCCCCGUAUGCUUUCUAUAUGCAUUUUGACAUCAGAGGCUCUAAAUGCCAGGGUUACUACUGACCCAGGUUUACAGAUGAGGGACUUGAGGGAACCUGGGAGUUUGCAGAAACUCAGAUUCCUGCUGGGUGAGCACCUGUUUUG